CAGGGGAACGGGCCCAGCGCCUGAAGAGUUCCAGCCCGCCGCGGCCUGGCCCGGCCGCACCACCAGCCCGCUCCUGCAGGAUCCCGGGGACUUGCUGGCCCAGGCACCGUUGCGCGGCCCAGGAUGGGGCUCUGCUCCGGGCUGCGCCGCCGUCUGGUCCCGGGGAUCAUAUCCGCUGCGAGGGUGUGAAGUGCUGCCGCCCUGGAGGGUGGACGUCCAGGCGCGGGGGCUGAACCACUGGGUGACCUUGGCAGGGCCAAUCUGGCUCGGUCUCCGAGACGCGCAGAUGUUUUCAAGUCAGCAAACAUUUACUGAGCACCUACUAUGUACAAGAUGAACAUCUGCAACAAGCCCUCCAACAAGACAGCUCCUGAGAAGAGUGUGUGGACGGCGCCCGCACAGGCCAGCAGACCCUCGCCGGAGCUGCAGGGCCAGCGGUCCCGUCGGAAUGGGUGGAGCUGGCCCCCUCACCCGCUCCAGAUUGUGGCUUGGCUGCUCUACCUCUUCUUCGCUGUCAUUGGCUUUGGGGUCCUUGUUCCCCUCUUGCCUCACCACUGGGUGCCCGCUGGCUAUGCUUGCAUGGGCGCCAUCUUUGCCGGCCACCUCGUGGUUCACCUGACUGCUGUCUCCAUCGAUCCAGCAGAUGCCAAUGUGCGGGACAAGAGCUAUGCAGGGCCACUGCCCGUCUUCAACCGCAGCCAACACGCACAUGUCAUUGAAGAUCUGCACUGCAACUUGUGCGACGUAGAUGUGAGCGCUCGCUCCAAGCACUGCAGCGCCUGCAACAAGUGUGUAUGCGGUUUUGACCACCACUGCAAGUGGCUCAACAACUGCGUGGGUGAGAGGAACUACCGGCUCUUUCUACACAGUGUGGCAUCUGCCUUACUGGGUGUCCUGCUCCUCGUGCUGGUGGCCACUUACGUCUUUGUGGAGUUCUUUGUCAACCCCAUGCAGCUGCGCACCAAUCACCACUUUGAAGUCCUGAAGAAUCACACAGAUGUAUGGUUUGUGUUCCUGCCCGCUGCCCCUGUGGAGACGCAGGCUCCUGCCAUCCUGGCCCUGGCGGCCCUACUCAUCCUUCUGGGCCUGCUUUCCACAGCCCUGCUGGGCCACCUGUUCUGCUUCCACAUUUAUCUCAUGUGGCACAAGCUCACCACCUAUGAGUACAUCGUGCAGCAUCGCCUGCCACAGGAGGCAAAGGGGGCCCACAGGGAGCUCGAGUCAUGUCCCCCCAAGAUGCGGCCCAUUCAGGUUUCUGGGACCAUCCAGAAACUGCUUCUCCCACCCUUCCUGCCCCACCCACUUCUGGAGCCCAGGGGCACUAGGUGUCAUCUCUGCAUUAGUCAGGACGCCUGGGUCUCCAUGGAAACGACUUCAGAGCAGGCGACAGCUGUCCCGUUGCCCUCCCCCACCCGGUGGGGGUGGGGCAUCAUUGUCCUGGCUCUGCCCUACACCCUCCAUACCCAGGUUGGCUUUUUCCUAGCUUUCAGUCUCCUCAUCUGCAUCCUCGUGGGCGUCCUGUGUGCUGGAUGGUAGCCCAGCCCAUUUCUGUAACCUCCUGGCCCCAGGUCCCUGUACUUUCAGGGGUUGGGUCUGCCACUCCCAGUGUGGCUGUGAGGAUCAGUGAUUAAAGUAGACACAGAACUUGCCUAUAAGCCUGAUCCCAGAUGGGGCUGUGGUGCUGUUUUUUCUCCACAUCUUAAUGCCUCCUCUUUUGAGGUGGGGGAGACCUCCCAUUGUCCCACCAGUCCCAUCACUGCCCCCCUUGCACCCCCUCCCACCCUCCCAGGUAGCCAGGAUUGUGGCUGGUACCUUGAGGACUUAGCUCCAGUCCACCAUGCACACAGCCUUGGGUCCACACUCUGGCAUAUGAACGGCUAGCCAGUCUCCCAGCCAGGGAAAAAAUCAGUUCAGAGACUGGAGCCCUGGGAGGAGAGAGGAACAGGAGAGGGUUACUCUGAGAGCCUCUUCCCCACCACCCACUUUGGCCAGAGCAGACUGGGUGCAUUGAACCUAUGAGGCUGGGGGCUUCCUGGAGGAGGAGUUUGACUAGAUGAAGUAAAGAAGAUGGUAGGGAGGGGUAAGGUCCAGAAAUGGGUGUUUUAAGCCUUGGCCUACAAGAGGGAUUUGCCCAGUAUAGCUGGAAAGCUUGGAGGAUUGUCAUAGAUCUCUGCAUGCAGAUUUGCCAGAGAGACCAGUGAGAAGGGGGUGUUCUGUAUAGGAUGGGGUAUUGUAUACAGGAUGGGAUGGGCUCAGGACCCAGAAGGCCUUGGAUCCACACCUGGCCCCCCAGCCUCCCUGACCCACACC